GAUUUGCUGAGAUUUUGUGGAACUCAUUAAAAAUUAUGUGUUGCGUUGAACUUGUCAUUGUGCUACUUUUAAGGAUCACACACUUAAAAGCACAGGGUGUCUGGGUAGAAUAAUUCUUUAAUCUUAUUUUCUGUUACUAUUUUGAAUCAGUGUCAUUUGCCAAACAGAGUAUUAAUUUUGGUGCUGAUUUUAAGCCAGUAAUCCUCCAAACUGCAUAAUUUUAUGUCUAAGCUCAACCAUUUCCUACGCUAAAACACAAACACCAUUGACGCGGUUUAUAUGAUAACUGUCCACGAAUUGGAUGGCGAUUAUAGAUAGAGUUGCCAGCUACCCAUACACUAACUGGCAAAUUCCACCACCUGCAAAUUCUUUGAUACCCAAAGUUAUCCUCAUGUUGAAGUGAGUUUGAGUUUUUCAACCCUUGAACAAAUAUGGCAAUUGUUUCCCCAUAUUAUCCUCCACCUUUUGCUAUUUUUUCUAGAAGGCUACAUUCUAAUGCAAUUGUGGGUCACCAUGUAACUCAAUGGAGUUCAGUAUAGAGUCUAGACAUUGGUAUUUCUGACACUCUUUUGGGCAAAACAAAGCUUGGACUUUGGUAAAAUUUCUUGCAGUUUUCAAGGAUAUCUUGAGGAAGUGUAUUCUGUCCUCAAGAGGCCAUGCCAAAUUCUGAUUACAGGUGGCAAAGUCGGUUUUGAAAAUGGAUUCUGAGGGAAAUGAGGAUGCUGAAAUUGGAGUCCACAAAAUUGUGGAAAAUUUGAACCUCAUAAAUGAAGUCCAGAAAAAGUUGGAAGCACUCCAGAAAGAAGAACCAUCAAAUCAGAUGGCAAAGGAUCAAACUCACAUCUUGAAAACAAAAGAGCAACUGGAAGAUAUGUUUCGCCAACUUGAAACAGUUGAGGAAGUGAGCUCUGCUUUGCAAGAAUUGAAAAAGAGGGUGCAUGAAGAGAUUCUGAGCUGCAAGAACUAUAUAGACUGUAAAUCAUCACUGAGGAGAUCAAGCUGGGAUCUUGAAUCUUUGCUGGGUACAUCAGGGAGGAAAAGCUGUGACAUUCAAACUGAGUUAGGUUUGUCAAGAGGAAAUGGCUUUAGUAUUGAAUUUGAAGCAAGGAGGAGAAGCCUUCAGACUGAAUCAGAGCCAGAGCAAGAUAAGAUUUUGACAAAAACUGUAGAUCCAGGAUCUACAUCUAAGCAUAGACAAAGGCGUGUACACUUUGUGCAAAUGGAUGAUCUUGACUCUAAAAAUGCUAUAGUAUCUGUGCCCUGCUCCAUUAAUAGAUCUCAGUCUGUGAGGGCCUCAGAUUAUUUGGAAUCCAUGGAUUCUAAGGAAAAACAAUUAGCAGCUUUCAACUACCAGAAGACAUCACCAGUACCAGAAAUCAGUCAAGUGGGUGAGGCUGAGGCAAAGGGCAAUAGAGAUUUGAAGAGGUUUUCCAGAUGUGUAAAUGAGGAGGAAGAAAAUGAAAUAACUGUGCAAGGGAAUCAUGGGCAUCCAUUUAUGAAUGGAGAUUCAAAGCAAUCAGCCAGAGGACACGGUAAAAAGAAGAAAAACCUUGCUCACAGGUUGUCUAAGAUUUUUACAACAUGCGCUGUUUGUGGGUUUGCUCUAUUUUUGUCCAAGUCUUUUGGAAGAUGCGUUCUUUGUAAGUCCAAGAAAGAAACCAAGAAAAUCAAGCAGAAACACUGGGAACUAUAAAAUAAUAUGUAAAGCGUAUUUUAACUAUGGGGUACUAUAUUAUGUUCAUGAAAUUUGAGGAUAAAUCCAACUCUAUUUAUUAAUGAA